GGCAUGUAAGCAGUCUGCAUUAGCGUAAAUCAACCUCAACCAAUCAGAAUCUAGAAAAGAGACGGUGGAUCUCAGAUGGGAAAUCGAACCAUCAGGUUGGUACCUCCAUUAAUGAGUCUUCUUCUAAGCGAUCCCAAGUACCUCCAAAUAUGAUCCCAGAAUACCCUCAUCCUCCUAAGCGGCGAAGCUGUUAAUCAAAGUCAUGCUGGUGUCGUAAAAAUCAUAUGAGGCUAUAGUCCCUCAGUCCGAGGCUUCCCGAAUGACAUGUAGGUAGCAAGGUAAAGAAAUAAUAAAUAAGAGUCAAGACAGUUUCAUUUCCAAUUCAUAUUUCUCGUAGAUAUCACCACUUACUACUCAGCAUCUCGAAUUAUUCACAAAAAAUCAAAGACAUAAAGUUAGCAACUUCAGCACUUCAAAAUACCUACCUCCCAUCAAUUCCCAAAGCCAUGGCAUCAGGCCUCUUCCUCAACCCCCUAACCCUCCUCCGCGUCGCCCCUCUCAUCACCUCAACAGCCUCCCUCACCAUCGCCUCCGACUCGCACCUCUUCCUCAGCAGCCUCGUCUCACUUAAGCGCGAGCGUUCCACAGUCAACCAAGUAGCGCCGCGGUACUUCGAAACCUUUUUCUGGCGCGGGCUUCCCGAGAUCCUAGUGACCUUCGGACUCAGUCUCGCCUUCGGCAUCGCGAACUCGUACGGCGGCAGGAGACCGCGAGCCGCGGCUUGGGCCUGGUACGCCGGGGGGUCGGCGUUUUCGCUCGCGCACUUUGCGUUCGUGCCGACGAUCGCGUUCAAAGUGAGAGAUGCGAUCGAGGCGAAGGAAGCGCCGGAUGGGGGCGCUGCGGAGGCGAUUCAGGGUUGGUUGAAUGUGCAUCAUGUCAGAAUGGCGUUGGCGGAUAUUCCGGCGUGGACGUGUUUCCUGGUCGCGGUGGUGAAGAGUUUGAGGCCGAUUUAAAUGGGGCUUGCUAUAAUUAGGUACUUACGGGUUACUGGAAAGGGGGGUGGUAGUGCUUUUUGCGAGUGAGACAAAAUUGUAUAACCUCCGACCACCGAUGAAGUACUAUGUAAUGAUGUAUGGUACAACUAAUCGAGAUAGACAUCAUGUCAUU